GGCCAACCAAGCUCAUAUAACGAUGUGGGGGAACAAUGAACCGGGUCAGACUCAGCGUGUCCGAGAGAGUGUGCGGGGACACCCGGGGACAAUGGAUCUUGGCUGUUAUAGCACACACUACUUCUACGAUGAGGAUCUCAAGGAGGACUUUUAUCGUUAUAUUGCUCCCAGUGAAGAUAUCUGGAAGAAGUUUGAGCUUGUACCUGGUUGCUCUCCAUCUAAUGCAGGAUGCCUGGGGGGGAGUGGUACUGACUGGGGAUCAGAGAUAAUGGAUUUGGGAUGGGAAUCUCCUGUUAAGCUCUCUGGGCUCAACUCUGUAGUGCUUUUGAGAGACUGUAUGUGGAGUGGCUUCUCGACCCGCGAACACCUGGAAAAAGUAAUCAAUGAACGUAUUUCAAGUGGCACUUCAAAGCCAGCAAGUACUCCAAAAACGGUUUCAGAUUCUGAGUUGACGGAGACUGGGAGUGGCUCUGCAGACCAAGCGACACCAGGAGUUAUUGUACCAACAGCCCACCCUGAAAAGAUUCCCAAUUCAUCAGGAUCUGAGAAUACCAGUGACUCUGAAGAGGAUGAGAUUGAUGUGGUGACCGUGGAAAAGAGAAAGUCCUAUCGUGGUCGUCAACCAGUUACCAUCACAGUUCGAGCUGAUCCACUGGAUACCGCUACCAAGCUCUUCCACAUCUCAAUCCACCAACAGCAACAUAACUAUGCGGCAAGGCUUCCUCCUGAGCCCAGCCCUACCUCUCCCGAACCUUGUCCAUCUCCCUCUGUAGAAGAGCCUGGAGAAGUAAGUUGUUCCUCUGUACAACCCUGCAGUCCACUUGAAUUAAGCUCCCCACCUCCAUCUGGAGGUUCAGACAGUGAGGAUCUUGUUAAAAGAAAGAAUCACAACUACAUGGAGCGUAAAAGGAGAAAUGAUUUGCGUUCUCGCUUCUUGGCGCUAAGAGAGGAAGUACCUGGUCUUGCUCAUGCUUCCAAAACGCCUAAAGUAGUAGUGCUGAGCAAAGCAUCAGAAUAUUUGCAAGGCUUGAUCAGCGAUGAGCAACGGCUUGUGGCUGAGAAACUGAAGCUUCGAUGUCGUCACCAGCAACUUUUGAAAAAACUCUCCCAACUGAAAAGCCGUUGAAAGGGACACUAGUCAGAAGUCUGCCUGGCACAUUUGCACAUUGAUGAGUUAUGUCUUGGGAUUGCACAGAAGUGAGAUUUUCGCUUCGUAGUUGGUGUGCUCCAUAGAGCAUAAGUGGAAAAAGGGCUUGUCCUGUUUUCAGGUGAAUUUUCCUUGGUCCUCAGGUUCUACAAAUGAUUUGUUCCCUCUAUUUGGGAAAAUGUACAUUUAACUGUUAUGGUUUUCUGCCCCCAUAAGACUGUAUACAGCUGUAAUUCUUACAGGCUGAGCCCCUCGCCCAAGAACGUGAGGUCACAUCUCUAAUUUCUGAAGAGGUCUGACUCUCUAGAUUCUGGAACUUAAAACCCAAUGCCAGCCAACACAUUCUUGGUUUUGGACAGAAUGGGAAAGGGUUAGUAUUGGUCAGGUUUGUAUUGCAGUCUGUCCCCUUUGAAGAGAUUCACUGUGAUUUCUGUCCUGGUGACAGUGUUGCAGAAACAGGGAGUGAUUAGUGAAACCUUUUCUUUGGGGAACUG